AUGUUUGAAGUUCCUGUGGAUUUCUCAUUUAAAAGACUGGAGUCAGUUGCCGACGCCCUGACUGUGGAGCCAAAUGGGAGUGUUCGGCCUUUGAAGAGGAAUAAGGAGGGGAAGAUUAGAAGCAAAGCUCUCAGAUUCAAUAAUAACCACAUCACAGAUGUGUCAGGGCUGAUUAACACCGUUAUGGCUUUACUCUGUGAAGCCCCUCGGCUGGCCUGGCUGGAUUUGUCCUUCAAUGAGAUUUCCCACAUCAGUCCGGUCCUCACAGAGCUGAAGGAACUCCGGGUUCUGUACCUUCAUAGUAACAAUGUGUGUAAAUUGUCUGAGGUGGACAAGCUUAGUGUGCUGCCUCUCCUUCACACCAUCACCCUCCAUGGCAACGGCAUGGAGAAUGAACGUGGUUACAGGGGAUACGUGAUCGCAGUGCUACCCCAUCUAAAGACCAUGGACUUCAGUGCUGUCACCAGGCAGGAGCGAGUGAUGGCUGACAUUUGGCACAAGGCCAACAGACGAGGGAACGCAGCCAGACAGGGCCCGGGGAACUGCUAA